GGUGAAGGGCGCACAGAAAGCGGCGACGUUGGCGCAGCAUUGUCUGAGCAGAGAUCCUCGGAUGAGGCCGCAAAUGUGCGACGUGGUUUUGACGCUGAGCACGCUGCAAGAUUUGACAGACUAUGCAAACUUGAUGCCGUCAAUCCCAGACCGACCAGGGUAUCCAAGAGAGGGGCAGUAUAGGAAGCCACCUGGGCCGGGCCCACGAUCACCGUACCCGGGCGGACCCGUUGCGAGGGAUCAUCAUAACAUGGGCCACACUCCGCCACAUGCAAUUGCUGGGGGUGGAAUGCCGCAGAGAGGUAGGGUAUGAGAGCGGCGGAAAGACUGGUGGCUAUGGAUGAGGGUGCAAAACGAUCUAUGCUAUAAUUGCUAUUGCAUAAAGGCAGCAGGGAUGCUUGAUCGGACCCGGGAGGAGACAAUGGAAGCGGUGCUCUACCCGGAGGCCUGCUUUGUGAACAGGCGAGAGGACAAGGUGGGAGUCAAGUUGUCGCUGCUACAUUUCCGCAUGGCUGUGCCGUACUUUUCGGUGUUUUGUGUUGAAGGAGGAGCAGCUCACUCCUUUUGCCAGUGUGUCCCUACUAGAGAGAAAGAGAGAGAAUAUGGUUCGUACUAGGGUUAAUUUCCAAGGACUCGAGGGGGGAAGGGAAGGGAAGGGAAGGGAAAAUUCACGAGAAGGCGCUGCUUCCCUUGGCAUUGGCAUCUUCGGUGCAGGGUGGUGAAUUGCGGUGUCGAGAGCACAGACAGCACGGAAACGGCUUUCCAUCUCGGGCAACGACCCUCGUCAAAAUAACUCGAGGGGCAAGGGUUCACUUGAAGGCUGUGCACGCGCACCAGCUUCAGGCUAUGCAUACCCUGGAGAAGGAAAGUUCUGAGGCUCGCGUAUUCUACCGUUCUGGUUUUCUGCAGCAUAGAGACAUGAAUGGAUGACUUGGCUGCCGACACGGACGGACUACGAGGAAGGUAUGGGUGCCCCCUCCGUAGGGGAAGGAGUGGGAGGGGGUAAGGAGGAUCGGAUGGGAUUCCAUUUAUUGGUACUGUUUGAUGAACAAGUGGGCAGGCAGCUCGGGCGUCGGGUGUCUGGCCUGAAGUGGGAAAAAGGCGGCGGGAGGCUCCGUUGGAACAACACGAUGAAGAGGCGUCGGAAUUGGGUAUGUGUGGGAUAAACCCUAAACCUAACUAUGAAGGGUUUAGCCAUGGCUGUUUUCUGGUUUGAUGUACAUUGGCCAUUGCUAUGUGUAUAACAAUCGGAGGAGGCUUGUGCAGCGUGCAACAAAGGAUGGUACAAGGGUCAAGCAGAUGCCCCUUUUUUUUUCCUUUUUUUUUUUCCUUUUUUGUUUUUCCUUUUUUUUUGCUUGCGGUUGAUUAUCGGAGUCUCGGGCCUACUUUGUUGUGCUCUUCCGCCUCUAUAUUUCUUCCUGUCUCUUAUUCUGCUUGAGCUUGCUGUCGUAGUUUUGCCUUGCCCUGUAGCCUAAAGGUGGCCUGCGAGGUACGUAAUACACACCGUGGCGAGUGGAAAAAUACGCGGAAAAAUACGCCCAGUUAAGCAAUUUGCUCUGCGCGGAUCUGUGGGGAGUGUUUUGUUCGAACCGCCAUGCAGGGACGAAAACCACGUGCUGGGGACGGGGAGUAGGAGCGGGUAGGUCCGAAGCCGCCGAUCGCUUGGGUUCAAUGGCGAGAGAGGGCUUUGCCCCAUCUUACCAUCGCACAAUGGAGGAAGACUGUGCCGACCUUGUGAACGAGUGCAGAAGGCGUACGGAGUGCGGCAGAUGCCAUAGCAAUUGGGAAUUCGCUUGGAGCAAGCUGGUGGUGUAGUCAUGCGUGUGUAUGAAUUGAUGAAUCGCCAAAAUUGUUGAGCAGCGGAGGCGUACAGAGCGCGGCGGAUGCCAUAGCAAUUGGAUUUAUCUGGGCGCAAGAUGGUGGCGUAGUCAUGCGUGUAUCAAUCGAUGGAAUCGCCAAUAUUGUUGAGCAGCAGAGGCGCGCAGAGGUAAUGUUAUCGAGUGAUCCGGACGAGGCCUCAAGCCUUCUCCUCCGGAAUGCGGACCUAUUUCUUGAAGCAGUUGACGGCAGCAUGCGGCAAAUCGAUGGCCAGCUUGCGAACAGUGCAUGGCAAGUAGAUCGAUAUAUUCGUAUGCUUGCACGGGUGCUAAUGUCUGUGCAUUGUUGAUUGAUCUAUGCUUAUCCUUGGGCCAAGCGGACAGAAUGAGCAAGUGUUGAUGCUGCCUCUCUGCCGCUGUGUAUAGCGGGUUUUCAUUGUAACUCCUGGGGAAGUGGACUUUAUUCAGGUAACCUGAGUUAUAGUUUGGUUCCAUAGGCUUUUUUUUUUUUUUUUUUCCGAAGCCAUUGUUUGUUUGUUUUGUUGGUUGGUGUGGAAAAAUGAUGCCACGACAGCUGGGAGAGCUUCGACGGGAGGGAGGGAGGGAGGGAGGGAAGGUGGCGGGUGGAUUGGUGGUGGUGGGUGGGUGGGUGGGAGGGGCUUCAACCAUGAUAAGAGUAAAUUUGUUGGAAGCGAAGCUGUGCAGAACGAGAUAGAGAAGAGCGGAAAGCGGAGUGGCCGAGGGGCAGGUGGUCGCUUUUUGGGAAUGGAUGAGAGUCGUAUAAGUAGAGAGAGAGGAGGCAACGUUGAGCAUAGCUGUCGACUUGGACUGUGGUGACAGAGAGUGCUCGGUCGGUUGGAGUUGACUGUAAUUGUUAAAGCCUCGACUCAUCAUGUGUAGUGUUUAAGGUGUUGUGUUGAUGAUGCAAAAGUCUUAUGGUUGGGGCAUAACAGAGACGUACUCAACUCAUCAUCUGCUGCAUGACUCGCUGAACGAGUUGCAUGGUGUAGCCCUGCCUCAGGUAGAAGGACCAAAUGAUGUGGCUGUUGACUUAUGCAGGCACGGACAAGAAAGUGCCUGUGUCCUGCCUAUAUAGGCACAUAUGAAGUAAUGCACCAGACUUCGCCAGCACUGUGGGACUUUCCUGCUGUAGCUGUGUCUUCAUGCAUGUGUACACGUGCGGACAUGUGUGCAUGCACUUGUGUGUGAAAGAGGUCACUUCUCUCUCUGUGUGUGUGUGUGUGUGUGUGUGUGUGUGAGAGAGAGAGAGAGAGAGUCUGUGCAUGUUCCAUGCAGGUGUUGCCGUGUGAAAACCUGCAUGU